AAUAAUUGGGAGAGGGAAGAAGCAUGGCCACGUUGAUGGGUAAAGCGCCACGAAUUCUAUACACCACCCAACACUUGGUGAACAAUUCUGUUACGCUUCCGACAAACUUUGCUGCAAUGGCUACUCACUCUGCUGCGACGGAGAGGACUUACAAAGAAUCAUUCGAUUCCGCUGCAAACAAGCGCUACGCUGAUCACAUAAUUCCUCAUAUUCUGCAUCUGUAUGGAUCAUCUGCAACCUCUCGCGACUUUGAAAUCUAUGCCGCAAAUGCUUCAUUUGAGGAUCCACUUAUGUGUGCCCACGGGGUGAAACAGAUCAAAUCAGCAUUCUAUACUCUUCCCAAGGUAUUUAAGAAGUCAAAGAUAGUGGAAUACAGUAUCAAAGAAAAUAUGGUUUCACCAGGAAAAGGAGAGAUAUUAAUUGACAAUAAGCAAUACUACAAAUUCUUGGGGAAGGAUAUAAAUAUGGUAUCACUAAUCAAGUUGUAUAUUGAGGAGGGUAAAGUUGUUCGCCAUGAGGACUGGUGGGACAAAAAACCAAUUUCAAAUAGAGAAACGGCGAAGCUGCCACUGCUUGGUCGAAUAGCAGAAAUGACUCGCAGGGGAUCAAUGCUGGCAACACAUGUGCUUAUGAGAUUUGGGAAGGACCCAAAUGUGUGAAUAACUAAAAUCCAUGCAAAAUAUUGUAACUUUAUUAUACAUGGGCCUGUAUAUGGGACUUGAUGUUCUUACCUGACGUUAUUUGUCAAGCGUGUAUGUAUUAUCAUGUUUAUUCCUUCUUGUGGCUUUGAUAAAUACUAGAAUGUUCUAUUUUGUAUGGAACAUAAUUUGUGGAACUAAUAGGUCCAACCCAAGAUGAAUAUCUAUGUAUCUCCUAUUUGUUUAUACAAUUCGAAGAAGCACAUUAAUGUA